AUAUGGCGCGGGCACCUUGCAGAGAGCCGGGUGCUGCUCCAUGUCCUGGGGUGUACAGUGCUCCACCGAAGGGCGCAGUGACUAUAGUGAUUCCAGGGAAGGAAGGAGCCAGGGCACUUAGCAGACCAAAUUAAACGCCCGUCUAAACAUGCCUGUUCAGAAUAAAGAUGACGGAGGCUGGAAGAAGUUUCUGUGGAAUUCAGAGACGAGGGAGCUGCUCGGGCGCACUGGUGGUAGUUGGGCCAAAAUCCUUCUGUUCUAUGUCAUCUUUUAUGGCUGCCUGGCUGGAAUCUUCAUUGGCACCAUCCAGGCUAUGCUUCUCACCUUGAGUAACUACAAACCCACCUGGCAGGACAGAAUUGCUCCUCCAGGCCUUACCCACUCCCCUCGUUCAGACAAAUCAGAGCUGACCUUCAGCGUGAAUGACGUGGAGACAUAUUUGAAAUACACAAAGUCCAUGAAAGAAUUUGUGGACGCUUACAAUGAGGAAAAACAAAGAGACCAAAUGAAGUUUGAAGACUGUGGAGAACAACCAGAUGAAUACAAGCACAGGGGAGAUCUGGAGAGUGAAAUUGGUGUUAGAAAGGCCUGUCGAUUCUCAAGGAGUCUUCUUGGGCCUUGCUCGGGUGUUGAGGACAAAGAUUUUGGCUUCAGCGAUGGGAAGCCCUGCUUGAUUGUCAAGCUCAAUAGGAUUGUGAAUUUCAGACCAAAGCCUCCACAGUCCAAUGAAUCUAUCCCAGAAGACGCCCAGCACAAAGUCCAGCCCAAUGUUAUCCCUCUGUACUGCCACAAUAAGAGAGAAGAGGACGAAGGUAAGCUUGGGGAGGUGAGGUACUAUGGUAUUGGAGGAGGGUUUCCUCUGCAGUAUUACCCUUACUAUGGCAAACUCCUGCACCCACAGUACCUACAGCCUCUGGUUGCCAUCCAGUUUGUCAACAUAACCAUGAACUAUGAGCUCCGGAUUGAGUGCAAAGUGUUUGGCGAGAACAUUCAGUACAGUGACAAGGACCGCUACCAGGGACGUUUUGAUAUUAAAAUUACAGUCAACAACUAUUGACCUCUGUCAUGAGUGCAGCACCUUCACUCUCUCCCAGUUUUAAGGAUCAUCUUCUGACUUGAGAUACGCAGGCACCAGUCUAAUUUUUUCUGCUGGUCUUCCAGAGUCUCUCACCAAGGGGAAGCGCUACAGUUUAUCAAUAUAUAAGUGUCUCACGUCAGAAAGUGGCCUUUCUGGAUAGUUUAGCAGAGGUUAAAAAGGGUUUCAAAAACUAGUCUGUAAUAAACCGUUUCAUGUGGGACCUAACGUUAUCUGUCUGCUUCAAUGCAAGCUUUUCUGCUUCUGUAUAGGGUUAGAAUGUAAAUGCCUGGAGGACUAGCCAUAGCAUAUGUUAUUCUACUAAUACAUGAAAACAGUCUAUGAUCUAAGGGACAUAUACAUUCAUUGUAAGUCCACUAUGAAUGUAGUCAGUACAGGUUUGUCCCUCUAUUACUGUAUUGCUACCAUGUGUGGUUUUUCCUCCACUUUAACAAUGCACGGUAGUUGCAUAUGUAGGUUGUUCCAAGCCAAGCCAUGUGUGAUCAAGCUUUAUUUGUCAACUGUGCAUAUAUGUAUGUAUUCUUACUCACUGAAUGCACAAAAACUGUACCAUUUUGCAUUUGCCGGUAUUUUAUAGGUGUUCACAUUCGUUCUCUGCUUCUUUCAGUUAUAGUUACGUGUAGACUUUUACACUUCUGUUCGUUUUUAAAAAUCAUUACAAUCGGGAAGAAUAAUAUUUCUUUUUGAUUUUAUCUCUGAAUGUAUGUAGAUAUUGCCUUUAAAAAUGAAAACUGUCUUAGCUGUAUUGUAAGUACUGAUGUUAAGUGUCUUAUGUUUGUAUUUUUUUUUCUUAUUUGCCUGCCUUUGGUCUUAACUGAAGACAUCACAUAAUGUGGUGUACCAGAAAGAAUGUUUUAACCAUUUAUGUAAGGAGAUACAUUUCUGUAAUUGCACAUGGUUAUUUUCUGCAGGAAAUUUUUGUGUGUACUAAUACCAAAACCAUUAUACUGGAGCUAUUUGAAUCAUCAAAAUCAUUGUGAUGCCCCAUUCUGUAGGAUGUUUUGUAGAUGUGUGCAGUCAGUGUCUACCAUCAAACAUCUGCCAUAAUACAUAUGAGUCCCUUUAACUCCAAUGAUGAAAGUAUUCUGUGCUUGGUUUCCCAAAAGUAUGACUUAAAGAGCAUUCCUAGAUGGUAGGGCAAGUAUGACUUGAAACACUUGAGGUUGAGAUUAAUUGCACACUGCUUUUGGGAAACAUGGCCCAGGACAGAAUUAACCAAAUAAAAUCUGAAUAAAAUAAGAAGUAACAACA